AAAUUGUCGUUCAUUGUUCGUCUCAGCCUGCUUGCUCCGAAUGGCUGGGCAGAAAUGCCCGAAGGAGCAGAGAAACAAGAUCUUUCACGGAAUUUUCCCCCCAAAAAAGAAAAAAGAUCUUCCACCGAAGUUUAUUGAUAGCAAAUCUCUAUAAAUUUUUUUUAUUUUUUUUACGGAUCUUUGCGCACGUGCAAAAAGGCACAUUGGGUGCUCAACGGCAGUCCAAGGACCAAAACGAACUCGUCGAUCAGUCCCACCCCACCGACGGAAGGCAACGAGACAAAACCGACCGCUUGCUCAAGCAUCAGCCGCCGCGUUUUCUCCUAAGUCGGAUCGGGCACUUGUAGAAAACGAAGCGGUAGCGGUUGCAUCUUCCCUGCUCCUGAAACUCCUCUCUUUCUCUUUUGAUUUGCGCUCCGUAGGAUAUAAGAGGAGGAAGCUGAAGGAGGACCAAUACCAUCUAUCUAUCGAACUUAUAUUCGGAGGUUACUGCGUGUAUCAGCAGGUGAUUUGUUCUAAAAUUGGUAUUUUGAGGUUGUCCCGAUCUCGGUUUUGCGGUGGGAGGCAUUUGUAUAACAGAACAACUGCAACUUUUUUGCCCGUUUGUUUGUUGAUUUUAUUCUGCUGCUAUUUAGUUUGCGACAGCCAGAUUCUGGUUUAAGGAAAUGGCGUCCAUGAUCCGUUUCGGCGUCCAAGGCCAUCGCGCCGGUCUCCCUAGGGAUUUUCCGAGCACUGCUUUUUCGUCGGGAUCGCGAACUAAGCUAGGUUCAGGGACGGCUUUGAGGUUUCUGCGUGCGCAAGCAGAAAGUGCAUAUUUGAGGAGGAGGGCUUUACGGGUGAGCUGUUCCAAAUCGGUCUCUGGCAUUGUGGUGAAGGAUGAGACGGUCAGGCAACACGCCGAUGGCAGUGCUUCCGGGCUGAGUAUAGUGAUGAAAUUUGGUGGGUCUUCGGUUUCCACUGCUGAUAGGAUACGGGAGGUUGCUGAGCUUAUUCUAACUUUUCCGGAGGAAAGUCCGGUGAUUGUCCUCUCAGCCAUGGGGAAGACGACUAACAAUCUUCUGCUGGCUGGGGAAAAAGCUGUCACUUGUGGUGUUUCUAAUGCAUCGGACAUUUCUGAGUUGAAGUUUGUAAAACAGCUUCAUCUUAAGACAAUCAAUGAACUGGGAAUUGAUGGGUCCACAAUAUCUGUUUUGCUGGAUGAACUGGAGCAACUGCUGAAAGGGAUUGCCAUGAUGAAAGAGUUGACACCUCGAACAAGAGACUAUCUUGUUUCAUUUGGUGAAUGCAUGUCGACAAGAAUCUUUGCAGAAUAUCUGACCCAAAUUGGGGUUAAAGCAAGGCAGUAUGAUGCUUUUGAUAUUGGUUUCAUAACCACAGACGACUUUACAAAUGCUGACAUCUUAGAAGCAACUUUUCCUGCUAUAGCAAAGAGGCUUCAUGGUGAUUGGAUUAGUGAUCCUGCAAUUCCUAUUGUUACUGGAUUUCUCGGAAAGGGUUGGAAAUCCUGUGCUGUUACCACCCUAGGAAGGGGUGGCAGUGAUCUGACUGCCACAACAAUUGGUAAAGCCCUUGGCUUACGAGAGAUUCAGGUUUGGAAGGAUGUAGAUGGUGUUCUUACGUGUGAUCCAAAUAUAUACUCAAAUGCAAGACCUGUUCCAUUUUUGACCUUUGAAGAGGCAGCUGAGCUUGCAUACUUUGGUGCACAGGUUCUCCAUCCCCAAUCUAUGAGACCUGCCAGAGAAAGUGAUAUUCCAGUUAGAGUCAAGAAUUCAUACAACCCUAAAGCUCCUGGCACCCUCAUUACUAAGGAAAGAGAUAUGAGUGAGGCUGUUCUAACAAGCAUUGUCUUGAAAUCAAACAUCACCAUGUUGGAUAUAGUUAGCACUCGAAUGCUUGGGCAGUAUGGUUUCUUAGCAAAGGUUUUUUCUAUAUUUGAAGACCUUGGUAUUUCCGUAGAUAGUGUGGCCACUAGCGAAGUUAGUGUUUCUCUGACGUUAGAUCCAUCAAAACUGUGGAGCAGAGAAUUGAUUCAACAGGAACUUGAUCACGUUGUGGAAGAGCUAGAGAAAAUCGCUGUUGUUCAUCUUCUUCAGCACAGAUCCAUAAUAUCACUAAUAGGGAAUGUGCAAAGAUCUUCUUUAAUACUUGAAAAGGUGUUCAAUGUUCUUCGCAUGAAUGGAGUCAAUGUCCAGAUGAUCUCUCAAGGGGCAUCCAAGGUUAAUAUCUCCUUGGUUGUUAACGAUAGUGAAGCAAAGCAGUGUGUGAAAGCUCUUCACUCAGCAUUCUUUGAAAAUGGCUUCAUAUCUGAAGCCAAAGAAGAUCUUCACCAGAAUGGUUUGGCAAAAUCCGCAUUAUUUAGUGAUAAUGGUUAUUAAACCCAUAUGAUUAUUCACCCCAUUUUUCCUUCUGGGUUAGUGCAUCCAGUUCUAUUUAUCGCCGUUGCAAUUACUAACAAUUUUUUUUUGUUGGGCUUUUGAGAUUUUGGAAGUUUGUAAACCGAGAGCUAGUUUUUAACUGCUGUAGAUUUUUACAGCAGGGCGUUAUUUUACUUGUUUUACAAGUGAUUAGUCAUCUAAUUGAAGCAGCAGUGCAGAGCUUGAGGGAAUUCUUUGUUGCUCUGACUGGUGACUUGAUAAAGAAUUUGUAGAAAUGACUUGGCUUUUGAAGUUAUUAAAAAGGCCCUUUGUAUUCCUAUUCAGUCAAUCCAGGCCGACCGUUACAAAUGA